UUGUCGAAAAUUUCGGCGAUAAAUCGAUGGCACAGCUCUACGACGCAUGUGACAUCUCGUUCGCUGGGGGCUGCUGUCCUCUCCACCCGUUCAUCCCGCGGCCAUCCCUACCCCUCUCUCCUCCCAGAUCAGAGUCUCUCUUUCUCUCUAAUAACACUCCUUUACACGCUGCGAUAAGGUAUAUACGUGAACAGUGAGAGUUGUCAACGAGUCAGGGGCGCGUUCUCGAGUCGAGAAGACGUCGAGAUGAAGGAGCACGAGACUGGAGCCUGCCAAAGAAAGCCGACCAAACUGAGAAACCUCAUUUACAAGACCGAAGCGUUUGAUUCUCUGCACGCCAGAAAUGCAGAGAAAACGUUGUGUUCGGGUCAAGUGUGUCUUGGUAGCGUUAUGCAGUUGCCAACGCAUGGACCGGAACCUCGUACCAGAGAAGAAAUCCUCGUGCAUGCAAAAGACUUCCUGGAACAGUACUUUACUUCCAUCAGAAGAUUGAACAGCGAUGCUCACCAUUCUCGUUGGGAUUGCGUGAAAAAGGAGGUUCUAGUCACCGGCACUUACCAAUUAACCGAAACCGAAUUAAUUUUUGGAGCAAAACUGGCAUGGCGCAAUGCUGCAAGAUGCAUCGGCCGCAUCCAAUGGUCGAAGUUACAAGUGUUUGAUUGCCGUUAUGUGACUACGACCAGCGGUAUGUUCGAAGCUCUGUGCAAUCACAUCAAAUACAGUACGAACAAAGGAAACAUCAGGUCCGCGAUAACAAUAUUCCCGCAACGCACAGAUGGAAAACACGAUUACAGGGUUUGGAAUCAGCAAUUGAUUGGUUACGCCGGUUAUAAGAAUCCGGAUGGUACCAUAACUGGUGACCCAGUGAAUGUGGAUUUCACAGAGCUCUGCAUAAAAUUGGGCUGGAAGGGUGCCCGCACCCGUUUCGACGUAUUACCAUUGGUAUUAUCUGCGAAUGGUCAUGACCCCGAUUACUUUGAUAUUCCGAGUGAACUGGUCCUUGAAGUUCCCCUCAGCCACCCUACAUAUGAUUGGUUUGAGAAGCUGCAAUUAAAAUGGUUCGCUGUGCCUGCAGUAUCAGGGAUGGUCUUCGACUGCGGAGGUUUGGAGUUCACAGCCGCACCGUUCAANUAA